AUGUUGGAGUUUACCCCGGUGAACGAGAGGGUCGUUUCCCUGCGCCUACAGGUCGGGGAUAGGUCUCUCACUGUCGUGUGUGCCUAUGGGCCAAACGGCAGUGCAGAGUACCCGGCCUUCUUGGGGUCUCUGGGAGGAGGGCUGGAAAGUGCCCCGACUGGGGACUCUGUUGUUCUACUGGGGGACUUCAACACUCACGUGGGCAACGACAGUGACCCCUGGAGGGGCGUGAUUGGAAGGAACGGCCCCCCCCCCGACCUGAACCCGAGUGGUGUUAACUACGACCAGAUCCCGAGGGAGGCUGGAGAUAUUGAGUCUGAGUGGACCAUGUUCUCCACCUCCAUUGUCGAAGCGGCUGCUCGGAGCUGUGGCCGUAAGGUGUCUGGUGCCUGUCGAGGACCAGAAGUAAAGGAUGCUAUCAAGCUGAAGGAGUCCUAUCGGGCCUGGUUGGCUCGUGAGACUCCGGAGGCAGCUGACAGGUACCAGCAGGCCAAGCGGACUGCGGCCAGGGUGGUCGUGGAGGCAAAAACUCAGGCCUGGGAGGAGUUCGGUGAGGCCAUGGAGAAGGACUAUCGGCUGGCCUCGAAGGGAUUCUGGAGAGAAGUGAAGGAUGAGAGAGAAGAACUGAGAGAAGUGAAGGAGGAGAGAGAAGAACUGAGUGAAGUGGAGGAGAAACAUGUCCAACCUGGAGGAAAACCCUUGAGUCGCUCAAAGACUACAGCGGACCAUUUAAAACUGCACGAGAGUAUUCAUACUGGAGAAAAACCUUACGAGUGUUCACACUGCGACAAGAGAUUCAGUCAAUCAUCAAAUCUGAAAACACAUGAGAGGAUCCACACUGGAGAAAAACCUUACGAGUGUUCACACUGCGACAAGAGAUUCAGUCAAUUAUCAAAUCUGAAAACACAUGAGAUGAUCCACACUGGAGAAAAACCUUACAAGUGUUCACACUGUGACAAGACAUUCAGUCAAUCAUCAUCUCUGAAAACCCAUGAGAUGAUCCACACUGGAGAAAAACCUUACAAGUGUUCACACUGUGACAAGACAUUCAGUCAAUCAUCAUCUCUGAAAACACAUGAGAGGAUCCACACUGGAGAACAACCUUACAAGUGUUCCCACUGUGACAACAGAUUCAGUUACUCAUAUCUGAAAAGACAUGAGAGGAUCCACACUGGAGAAAAACCUUACAAAUGUUCACACUGUGAAAAGAGAUUCAGUCACUCAUCACAUCUGAAAAGACAUGAGAGGAUUCACAUUGGAGAAAAACCUUACAAGUGUUCACACUGUGACAAGAGAUUCAGUCAAUCAUCAUAUCUGAAAUCACAUGAGAGGAUCCACACUGGAGAAAAACCUUACAAAUGUUCACACUGUGAAAAGAGAUUCAGUCACUCAUCACAUCUGAAAAGACAUGAGAGGAUUCACAUUGGAGAAAAACCUUGCAAGUGUUCACACUGUGACAACAGAUUCAGUUACUCAUAUCUGAAAAGACAUGAGAGGAUCCACACUGGAGAAAAACCUUACAAGUGUUCACACUGUGACAAGAGAUUCAGUCAAUCAUCACAUCUGAAAACACAUGAGAGGAUUCACAUUGGAGAGAAGCCGCAUACGGGUGAAAUGAACUUGGCCUGAAUUCAAGGGACUUUAAAUCCGCCGUGUCUCCAUACACCGGAAGAACCACGGAGAAGGACACCACAACCACGCGCCUUCCUUGCUCAGCAACAUAAGAGAACCAUUUGUGCUAGUAUUCGUUUUAUCAAGCUUUCAGAGCAUUUAAGAUUUGUUCACUCCAUUUAGCGUGAUUUGAUAUCUUUGUGUCUCUAUCUCAAGGUUCCUUUUUCUGUGAUUUUGCCAUACUGUUGACCACUUUCUACCUCUUAUCUCUCAUUUUCUUUCAUUGUUUUGUUGCUUUAAUCUGUUUUAUAUACAUUAGAGAUGGGACGAUUACAGGUUUCACUAUAAACCACAAUAAAAUGUACUGACGGUUAGUAUUAUCGUUUAAAAUGUAA